CACUAAUUAUCUCAGGUUGCACUUUUUGCCACCAUGGCCGCUCUCCUCCGUGAUGCCGCCGUGAACUUAAGUCGGAGAGUUGAUGGUUACGAGCAGUUGGAUCAUCAAAACAGCGAAAAGCAAAAAGAAAGUUUUGGCCAGAGAGCAUUGUCAAGGCAAAGAAAUGGAAGUAAAAACAUGGCUGCGUUGUUCAGCGUUCAUCGUAGACGUGAGAGGGCGAAGCAAAGGCAGAUUUUCCUGAGAACUUACAAGUUAUCGGCGGUUGACAACGUUGGAGGAAGAUCGAAGACGGAUAAGCUGAAGAAGGUGGCGGUUAAGGUGAGGAGAGUUGUUGUGUCCAUGUUUGGGUUUAUGCGAAAUACUGGUUCUUUACGGUCGACUUGCGAUUGUCGAUCGGCGAUUUGUGUAGCUUCUCCGACGCCGAUUAGGAGGAAACAAAGCCCAGAUGCAAUCAAGAAUCCAAAGGAAAUGGCUGACAUGAUGAUUGGCGAUUCCAGUCAAUGGUCAGGAAAUUCAGUGUUAAUGAGGGAAAUCCAGGGGAGGAUACUGACCUUCAGAGAGAUCAUCGAUCUUCCUCCUUGCAACAGCCCUGCUUCUGUACUGGAGUUGGCAAUAGACUGCAGAGGAUCUCUAAAUGCUGUACCCCAGCGUUCUAGUUCAAAAAAUGACCUCAAUAACGAACGAAGCUUCACUAGACCAGGUUUAUUCACCGAGCAUAAGUACUGAAGUUACUUAUUUAGCAGUGCCUAUCUCCAUAAAGAGACCAAAAUAACAUGUUUAAGCAGGUAGUGGGCUACCUCUUUUAUGUUUUGAAACUCUUAUCAGAUAUGAUCAUGGGCCAAGAAUCACAAAUAAAUAAGGGUUUCAGUA